CGUGAGGACAAAAAUCUCGGGUUCGAGAAGCCUUGGCACGCGAAACCUCCGACGAAGACGAAGGGCAAUGGCGGCGACGCCGGCUCCGCCACCAAACGCGGCGGCGGGGAACCCAAUUGUCGAUGGAGCCUCGACGGCGCCGCCUACUCCGGGGACGGACAUGACCGGAAUCUGCUUCCGUGACCAGUUGUGGCUCAAUAGCUUUCCGCUCGAUCGGAACCUAGUGUUCGACUACUUCGCCAUCUCCCCCUUCUACGAUUGGACCUGCAACAAUGAGCAGCUUCGAUUGCGUUCUAUCCAUCCCCUCGAUCUCUCUCAUCUAUCGAAGAUGACGGGGAAUGAGUACAUGCUGUGCGAGGUCAUGGAGCCGCAUCUGUUUGUGAUCCGGAAGCAGAGGAGAGACGGGCCGGAGAAGACCACGCCCUUGCUCGCUUACUAUGUUCUUGAUGGAUCCAUCUACCAAGCACCUCAGCUCUGCAAUGUGUUCGCCGCUCGAAUAGGCAGGGCGCUUUAUCAUAUCUCAAAGGCUUUUACACUAACAGCUUCAAAGUUGGAAAAAAUUGGCUAUGUUGAUACCGAAAAGGAGGGCACCAACUCUGAAGGUAAGACUGGGAAGGAGACAAUUGACAUGAAAGAAUUGAAACGAGUGGAUCAUAUUCUUGCAUCAUUACAGCGCAAGCUUCCUCCCGCCCCACCACCACCACCAUUUCCAGAAGGCUAUGCUCCACCCCCAACUUCAGAAGCAGAGAAAGGCCCCGACGAGCAGCAAAACACAGAGACUCAGCCUCCUCCGGCAGAUCCUAUCAUCGAUCAAGGUCCCUCGAAAAGACCGAAAUACCAAUGAUCUUAACCAAUUCCGUACUUUUCCAUCCCUCAUUCUUUUUUGUUGUUCCUGUACUUCUACCAUCCACAGUUACAUUCAUCUGUAAAAUUCCUACCAUAGCAGACUUCAGUACUCUCUCUACUUUCCUCUUAAAACUUAUAUUAUAUAUUUGCUUAAUUCAGCCAAUUUAAUGUUCAAAUAUAA